AUGUCGACCCCGCGCUUCUGGUCCCAGCCCAUCCGCUACCUGCGCUGGUGCUCCCACGAGAAGCCCGCCAUCUUCUACUCCAUCAUCAUCGGCCUCUCCGGUCCUGCUACUAUUGUCGCCGUGCCCCCCAUCCGCAACCUUCUCGGCGACCAGGUUGGCCGUCCGCCCAUCCCAUUCACCUACCCGAUCCCCAAGGGUCCUAGGCAGAUCCCUGAGGGGUACGAUGACUAA